GAGGAGCCCAGCACUGAAAAAAUGAGCAACUGAGAAUAAUUAACCACGGAAUCAGUACUUUGUACCGCGCCUGCCCACUGUUCCCAGCGCUGGACGCUGAGCUCGAAGCAGGAAGACGCUGGUGGAUUAUCUGCAUUACCUGGACAUGGCAACCAGCUCAUCCACACUCAGAAUUGGAGUUGUAGGACACGGACAUCUAGGACAGUAUCUGGUGCAGAGGAUCCUUAAAGACGGAGCUGCCCUGGGUUUGACUCUGGCCUUUGUUUGGAACAGAAACUCGGACAAGCUCCAGGGUGUCGUUCCCGAAGGCCUGAUACUUGGUGACCUAGCUGCUUUUGCAGAAAGACAAGCUGACGUUAUUGUUGAAGUGUGCCAUCCUCAGAUAGUGAAAGAAUUCGGGCACCUCUUCCUGUCUCGGUCCCAUUUCAUGGUCGGUUCCCCUUCGUCUCUCUCUGACCCUGACCUGAACCUCCGGCUGCGUCAGGCUGCCCACCAGUAUAAUAAGACACUAUACGUCCCCAGUGGUGCAUUGUGGGGAGGCCAAGAUAUUCAGAGGCUUAAUGACAGCGGAGCCCUGGAGGCUUUGUUCAUCCGCAUGUCCAAGCAUCCGUCCUGCUUCCGGCUCACGGGAGACGUCCUCUCUGACUGGACGGAGGGUGAGGGCCGGCGGGUUCUGUACAAAGGCUCCGUGGCCGAGUUGUGCCCGCUGGCCCCCAACAACGUCAACACCAUGGCGGCGGCAGCGGUGGCGGCGGGAGCGCUGGGCUUCGCUGGGGUCCGGGGGGAGAUCGUGUCCGACACAGCGUUGCGCGACUAUCACGUGGUGGAGGUGGAAGUGACGGGGCCCGGUGGCUUCUCCGUGCACACAGUGAGGAGGAAUCCCGCCAAACUUGGAGCCGUCACUGGCAGCGCAACCUACAACUCCUUCUGGAACAGUUUACUGGUAUGCAAAGGUCACGGGGGUCGCGUUUACUUGUGCUGAAGCGGGUGAGCCAUCUGGAGGAUUACCUGCACAGGAGGAAGAUCUGCCGCCAAAGUCCAGAUAUAUUACAUGGUUUAUGGUAGAUAUGCUGCGUUCAGUGGACCUCAACUGUAGGUUACUGAGAAUUUAAGAAGCCCGUGUUCAAAUAAAAUGAGUGCACCCAAAGAAAGCAGACCCAAUCAUCAUUUGUACAAGUAUCGUAAGUAUAUAUAUUUAAACUUUAUUAUAACUUUACAUUUUUAUGAGUUCAUCUGGUGCAUGAUUGUAACCAAUGAUAAAACUCUAGUUCCUUAUUUCACAUCAACACAGGAGCUAACUCUGGACACA